AUGAGUAAUAGUUGGGAUGGGGUCGGCAUGAGAUACCGUAUGGGAAUGAGUAAUGGCCGGGAUGGGGGCGGCAUGAGUUACCGUAUGGGAAUGAGUAAUGGCCGGGAUGGGGGCGGCAUGAGUUACCGUAUAGGAAAGAGUAAUGGUCGGGAUGGGGUCUUCAUGAGAUACCGUAUGGGAAUGAGUAAUGGCCGGGAUGGGGUCGGCAUGAGUUACCGUAUGGGAAUGAGUAAUGGCCGGGAUGGGGGCGGCAUGAGUUACCGUAUAGGAAAGAGUAAUGGUCGGGAUGGGGUCUUCAUGAGAUACCGUAUGGGAAUGAGUAAUGGCCGGGAUGGGGUCGGCAUGAGUUACUGUAUGGGAAUGAGUAAUGGCCGGGAUUGGGCGGCAUGA